AUGCAGGUUGUUCAAGAGUCUUCAUCAAAUAUGAGAAUUGAUCACAAAACAGGGGAAUCCCAUGAUGCAGUGCUGAAGAACAUGGAAUCAAUCUACGAGAAAGUUCGGUUCUUGGCAUCGGGAAACGCGGUGGUUGUCUUCACCAUGAGUGGGUGCUGUAUGUGCCAUGUGGUGAAGCAACUCCUGUUUGGUUUAGGUGUUGGACCCACCAUCGUGGAGAUUGACGACCACCGCGACACCACCGGCUCUUUCGGCCGUGAAAUUCAGUCCCUCCUCUAUCAGCUGGCGGCCGGCGGCGGUGGAAGCAAAGGGAUAGGAGGGCAGCAGCAGUCGCCGCCGCCGCCGCCGCAAUCGGUGCUUCCGGCGGUGUUUGUUGGUGGCAAGUUCUUGGGUGGCAUUGAAACAGUCAUGGCUUGCCAUAUCAAUGGCACUCUUGUUCCUCUGCUCAAGGAUGCCGGAGCUCUCUGGCUCUGAUUCUACGCUGAAAAAUUUCUAAUUCCGGC